AUGGCCGGCGACUUCCGCACCGUCCCCCUGACAGCCAUGGCCAAGCUCCACGAAGCUUUUGCGUCCGAGCCGAGGCCAAAGACCGUGGCAAGCCCGAAGCCCGCUGCGACGGCCCCGAGCCUCUCGCCAGCCGUCUGGUCUCCGGUGCACCGCCAUUGGACCUGCCCGCGUGCGCAGGCACCCCAAGCUCCCGCGGUAGCUCCCGCGGCAGCUCCCGCGGCAGCUCUCGUUGCAGCUCCCAUGGCAGCUCUCGUGGCAGCCCCGAAUCCAACUUCGUCAGGGGUGGCAGAGACCACUGUUGCGAAGUCGGAGCUCGCAUUUCCUCCGGCUACAGCCGUGUUGCGCCUUUGCAGCUCGCCUCCAGCGCUGUGGUCCCCACUGCAUCGCAAGUGGUGUGGCGCCGUGCUGAAGAUGCAGCUUGCAGAGGUCCCUACAUUGCUCGUGAAGAAGGCACCGCCAAAGGCGCUGCUUGAGGGUGAGAGUCGUCAGAGUCGCACGCCCAAGGCACAGCUUGCCGAAGCUGCCGAGCCCGCCAAGGUGAAGGUGGUUGAGGCGCAGCAGGAGGUCGCACCCGUCGCCCUCAAAGCGUUGGCGGGAGUCAGUUUUUCGUCGGCCCCCGCACUCUACUCCAAGUGGCAUGGUCGAUGGACAGGGUGCCUGCCCGCGGCCAAGCUUGCUGCCUAG